GGAUGACAGUCAGCGCCAUAUUAAAAACUCUAAAAUUUUUUCUAUUCGAUUGCCAAUCAUGUGAUGUGCAUGUUUUAUGCCGAAGAGAGCCGGUUCGAGGUAGUGUGAUGAAUUUCUUUAUUGAAUUACGUAUUUGAGUGCAAUUUAUAAUUGUACCGAUACGAAAUAGUUAUAGUGAAAUUUUCACAAUGUUACGCAUGGUUACUUCACAAGCACGCAACUUAGUCGGUUGUUUAAAUAGUGUACGAUUUUUUUCACAAGAAGUAAACGAAACCACAAAUAUAGAAAAAACUAUUAAUCAGGUCACCUUACUUGGAAGGAUUGGGGCAGAUCCACAGAGACGAGGAACCAGUGAACAUCCAGUUGUGAUAUUCUCUAUCGCAACACAUACAAAUUAUAAACAUGGAACAGCUGAUUUUAUGCAAAGAACAGAUUGGCAUAGGGUAUGCGUCUUUAAUCCUAAUUUAAGGGAAACUGUGUCUCAAUAUUUAAAAAAAGGUCAGCGAGUGAUGAUAAAUGGUAGGAUAUCUUACAGUGAAUAUAAGGACCCAUCUGGGAACUUGGUCUCUAGUACAUCUAUCAUAGCAGAUGAUGUAAUAUUUUUUCAAUAAGAAGUUUUUAUAAAUAUGAAUAAUACAUAUAUCUCGUCUAUUUUUCAAUAAAAUGCAGAAAUGGAUAUAUUUUUUUAUUUGUAAGUCUUGCAGAUAAGGAUAAUGGCUGUGUAAAAUAUAUUUUUUUAAACAUUUCUAAUGUCAAAUAAGUCAUAAUGUUGUUGACGAAAUCAAUUACUGAUAAUUGCAACAAUUAUUUUCAUUAAAAACUGAAGAUAUUGGAAUUCAUAUGAUACACGCUAGAUAUAUUGAUUAGUGUCAGAAAAAAAAUUUAUUCGUAGCAGAUUGUAUUUUGGAUGAGAUGAAAGAAUAGUAUACGUACCUUCUUAAUAACUAAAUAAGUCUAUAUUUACAACAUUCAUUAUUUCAUGUACUCUUCAUAUAACAACUUAUAUAAUAAAACAACUCUAAUUUCU